ACUGGUCGGACGUGAACUUUCUAAUUUUUUCAACAUGGAGGCAGAACAAUACUUUAACCAAACGUUCCAUCAGAGCUACACCAUGUUCCAGAACUAUAGUUAUGUCCCAGAAUAUCCUCAGGAACAGUAUAUAUGCUCUCCAGGAACCCAGGACUACUGUAUGAGUUCCCCAAGUUCAGGAACAGGAUCAGAGUAUGAGGAACAUGUUGGUUCUAAACCUAUCUCAAGGUGGAAGGAGAAACAGAUGAGACUAAGCCUUGAUACUGUAGUAAAGAGAAGAAGAGCAGCAAACCUAAGAGAAAGAAAAAGAAUGAACGGAUUAAAUGAUGCUUUUGAGAAACUACGUGAGCAUAUUCCUGAUCUAGGAGCAGAGAAGAAACUAUCCAAGAUUGAAACUCUUCAGAUGGCACAAUCUUAUAUUAAAGCUUUAUCUAUUCUACUCCAAGAGGAACAAUCAGGAAAUCCAUCAAUGCAAUAACAUUAUCUGAAAAGAAUACAAGAAAUGUCGGCUGUGAUCAAAUAUCAAAAUAUUGCUAUGUUUGUAUUGAUAUCUUAUAGUA